GGGAGCGGGUUCAGUACGUCUAGUAUACAGGAUAGUGGCACUCGUGGGUACUCACAGAAGCACAGGGGCGAUUUCUAUCACCGUUUAGCACCACUAAAGGUGCGACAUUUAUUCCGGGCACGUACCUGACAGCGGACUGUCCUGAAGCCCCACGGAAUCUCGCGCUCUAGUAGAGUGAGAGAGAAAGAGAGUAGCGCGCGCUGAACGGACCGCAGUGGAAUGUAGCGGGGAUUCCCGGCGCGCGGGGCAAGAUCAAUACCUUAUUACACUUCAGAAGGACAAGUCAUACCCCUGUUCCACCAAAAUGAUGCCAGCGCUCGGUUGGUUGCAUCUGUGAAUCUCUCUUAGUCCCAGCCUGUGUUUGCUCUUCAAUGAGUGACGAUGACGUAACUGACUAUGAUACUACUAGAUCUGUCAAUCAUUCAUCAACGCCCCAAGAAAACACCUGAAUAGGUGGAUCAUGGCCAGUGGGAGUGGCUGGCGUUACUAUGCCUGAAGGCACGUGGCGAUGGUGUCCAUGGAGACAGAUGGCAGCUUCACUGGGGGCCACGGUUUGUCCCUCUUACAGGCUGAAGAUAGCGUGGGGGCCGGACUCGCUCAGCAGGAGGGGACGUGGCUCGGCUUCCGGGCUACAGUGAGUGCUGUGCUGCUGCUGGAGCUGCUCCUGGGAGUGGGUGGCAAUCUGACCGUGCUGGUGUUAUACUGUGGUCACUGCAGCCUGUUGGAGUCCGUCAGCCAUGCCGUCACGCUUAGCCUGCACACCCUUGACCUGCUGCUCUGUCUCCUCUGCCUGCCGAUCACUGCCACACUCCUCAUUCUGGGCGGAGCCUCGGUUCCUCACCACGCCCUUCUCUGCUGUCUCCACGAAUCGGCAGCCAGCUUCGCCAGCGUGGGCACCGCACUUAACCUGCUGCUCAUCAGCUUAGAUCGUUAUGACAUCAGCGUCCGGCCAGCCAAUCGCCUGCUGACGCCUCGAAGGGCCACCAUUUUACUUGUUGGAGUAUGGGCGGUUUCUUUAGCUGUGCCCCUCCUACCGUUCGUGGAGGCGGGGUUUGUUUCAGGGCAAGGCGAGGGGGUGUUUGUGCACUCCAAUAGCACUGUGCUUUGUUCAGAGUGGGGAGGAACUCUACAGGCUCAUCUGUUGCUACAGGUUCCCGUGUUCCUGUGCUCUCUCGCUGUGAUGCUGUUUACAUACUCGCGAAUUCUUCAGGCACUGCGCAUCCGUAUCGGCCGCACGCCCAGGCCCCAUCGAGACAGCAAACGGCCUGUGCAUCGCCUUUGGUUACGCCGUAAAAAGUCAACGAGGUCGCCGGAUCACACGACGAGAAACACACCCACCUCCCCACCGCCGCUUUCGACCGGCCCACUUAUCGCCUCAGAUACAGUUACAACAGUAACCAUCAACACUGAGACGAACACUCCCUCGCUCACCACACCACUUAGCCCCACCCCUACUGUAUCCGUGAUAACCUCACCUUUAAGCCCCACCCCCACUGCUUCAAUGGUAGUCACGCCUUUGAGUCCCGCCCCAUCUGUAUCCGUCAUAACUGGCCCUCACCUCCCCACCCCUGCUACAUCAUCAAUGGCCACGCCUUUGAGCUCCAUGCCCACUGUAUCCACAGUAACCACUCAACUAAGCCCUGCCCCCGUUCAGGGUCCGCCCAGCAUGGGCGUGGGAGCGUCAGUAUCGGCCAUUUUGGCUCUGCGUCGAGCGGUUCGGCGCCACCGAGAUCGGCGGGAACGCCAAAGGCGUGUCUUUCGCAUGUCCGUCAUCAUCAUCCUCUCAUUUCUGCUAUGCUGGGCACCUCUCUCCAUCAUGCCCCUUCUCAUGCUGGCUAUCGGGCCCUCUGAUUGGCUAGAGCGUCUGAGACUCUGCUUCCUGGUGCUUGCUUAUUGGACGGUAGUGCUACAUCCGCUGCUGUACGCAUUCACGCGGCAAAAACUGCGCAAAGUUCUGCAUACCCGUCUGCGCAGGCUGCGGCCGCAAAACACACAGACUCGCAUUCGCGCUAAUACCAAGAUCCGCCGCAAGCACAGGGGAGAUUGCAGCGAUGCUACUGACCGCUGCCUGACAGAGGCUGUUAGAGAGUGAGUGUUUGUGUGUCUGUGACUUAUAACUAGGCUCAUACGGAAUCUGAGUGCACAUUCACUUGUCUGUCAUUUUCUUGUUUGUUUAUUAAAGCUGCAGUCCGUAACUUUUUUUGGUUAAAAAUGAUACGAAAUCAAUAUUUGAGCAAGCACAUAACCAGCCAGUGUUCAAAACUAUCACCUUACUUUAGCCCAAUUCACAACGGUUAGCUUAUAAUAAUGUUUUCUAAUUUGAGUGGUACGGGUAAUUUGAGCAUGGUACUGCGUCAUUAUGUCACGUCUGUAAACAUAAAGAAGUUGUCCAGGCUAGUAGGCUAAAGCACGUGAGGAAACUGCAGGUGGCGGAUCGUUUAGCCUUUUCUCACAGCAGUUAGAAUAAUUAAAUGUAUCAUGUUGAUGGCGGAUUUUAAUCCAGAAAGGAUUAUGUGUUUAUGAAACACAUGUGAAUUAAAUUAAAUUAUAUUCCAGUUUUAAAUGUGCUUCUGAUUACAGAUAGCCUGGGAUUACACAAGAUUUGUAUUUUAAAGACAACCAGUUCGAAAGGGAGCAUAAUUAGCUUUUUGGGUUAAAAGAAUUUCUUAAUAUGAAAUUCGAAUGGCAAUUAGAUAUUAGUCUGUACAGAAAUUGAAAUCUACACGCUAAUGCACACUAUACUCAUAGUCACACAAUGCUGAUGUUGUUAGCAUUAAUAAUUUGAGAAUAAAGUAUAACAAUAAUAAUAAUUAGCACGGUUUGAUGUGAUAUGAGCUAACCGAUCAUUAGAUUUAAUCACCAUUGGUAGCACGAUUUAUUGUAAUGCUUUUUUCCUCAGUUGGUCAGAACAAACGUGGCAGACUUGUUACUUACUUGUUCAGAUGGCAAUAUACGGUGAAAAUUUUUAUUUGGGUCAUAUAUUCCAAGACGUAGGCUAGAAUCUGUGAUUGCGAAGUACAGUAAACAUCCACACCGGUGUGGUGACUGACAGCAGCACAUUCACCUCAAAACAUUAGAUUCAUCCGUGCCGGAGCACAGCCCACGCAAGGAAGAUAAUUCCACAGCAGCUGCAAUUCCAGAUUUUCAAACAGAGAUGGCGACAAAGAGGCAAAACUUAUUUAAAUAUUUUGGAUAAUUUAAUUAUGCUUUCAGCUGCUAAUAUGAGUAUGUUCAGCUCCAUUUAACAUAUUUCAUUCAUAUUUACAUGUUUAAAUCCAAGGCCGUAACCAUAUUUUAAACAUUUGUAAGAGACUUAAGGGAAUAAAGAAAAAGAAAGAAGAACUAGAAUUUAUUGUAAAGUAAUCUGUUUGAAGUAUUUGCAAAAAAUAUUUUCUUUUUUUAUUAAUAGGCACACAAUCACUUAAGGCCCAGGUACAGAAAGGCACACAAGCCUUUCAACAGAUAAACACCAUCUUUUCAAGCGUUCAAAUAAUGCACAUAUGCGCUGUUGUUUACACACAAAUCCGUGCGGACACAAAAAUCGGGACAUCAGCGGACAAUGCUGAUGGCGAAAAUUGUGGAAAUCCCAAAUGGUCUCAUGGAAAAAUGAGGUGAAUUCAUUCAAUGUGAUUCGCAUGAAAAUGUAUGAUUUUCAGAAAAAAAGGAAGGAUGAAUGCGCACCCCUAAAAAACUAUGAAUGAGUACAAAACUUACAAAUUCGCCACUAAUUUGCCAAAAUGAGAAAUAGAUACAAAUUUCCAUGAAAUUUUGUUUCAAAUACGCUAAAAUAUACUUUAGGCUAAAUCGUCUGCCUAAUAUACUGAAAACUUCAUAUUCUUUCCCCUCUAAAACUGAAGCAUUGUGCUGGAAUUUGCAUUUGUCUUCCGUUAACAAUACAGCCUUCUUUUAUUUGAUUGGCCAUCUCAAUUAUUUUGACAUUGACGUGCGCCGUUAGUCCGCUGAGGCAGACUAGUCUAAAAAUGUAACUUUUUGUCAUCCUACCAACAAACCGAGGAGUGUGUAAUGGAGCACAGCAAAACAGCAUCAAGGAUAUCAAAUACUGUGUUUGGCAAUUUGGCCAUAUCUGAUUAUCUGUGGUAUUUCUCAGAUUUCCCCCACAAAUCUGUGCAGAUAAUGUCAAAGAAAAAGAGAAAGUCAGCAGAUUCCGCCUGGGCCUAUUUAUGACUGUAGGUAAAAGGUGUGUGCAGGAAGCCAUUAAUGUGUUAGAUAUGUUAGAUGAUAUGUGUGACAAACUCACCUCUAUAAAGGAAAUUAAAAGAUGUCGGUAGGUCUCUAUUGUCCACGAGUGUGUAGUAUCAUUGGCAACUAAUCAGCACAGGGUUUCGAAAGCACACUAAACUCUGAGGUCAACAGGGCACUGUCUAAUUAACCAGUAGAGCACAAAUAUUCCCAUGGUGCUAGGGGAAAAGAGCGAGAUUGAGAGAGUGUACCUACAGGUGUGAGUCUGCCAGAGGCCAUGUGCAAUAAAUUCCAAAUCCAGGUUAUGCAUCGCAUAAUUUCCAUAUAAAUUAAUCCCAAUUUAUUGGCAUUCAUUGUGUGGUGUAAAAAGUAACCGUCUAUCCACCAGUACACAUACAUGUGCACAUAUUUUACAUUGUCCUUCUCACUGAUAGUCUAGAGGGCAAUAGAUUUAUCAUUGUGUUUAUUAAUUUAUAUGAUCAGGGAUGUAAAUAGUCACUAAUAUUUCUGUGGUUUGAAACUGCAGCCAAUUUGAAUUCGGCUCUACCAAGGGCAUGCAUACUGGUUCGAUCAGUUGACAAAACAACUUUUACAAAGUCGAAAUUUAUUUAUUUGAUUUGUGUCCUGUAUAUGUAUAUCUUGUCAGUGCUGUAUAUUAUUUCAGUUUCAGAUGGGUAUUGUAUUACUUUACAAUAGAG